GCAGUACCGAUUUCCCGCUGUAUAUGAAAACAAAACAAAAUGUGGUGACCGAAGAAAGUGUCAACACUAACCGUUUCCAUAAAUAACAGGCUAGAAAAAUGUGAAAAGAAUGGCAAGUGGUGGUGCGUCUUUCAUUGGAACACCUGUAACAGGGUUGACGGUUGGACACGCUAGUCCCCUGCGGUCAGUGAAGACAGCAGUGAUGAAGAAGUCGUCUGCUUCUGAACUGUUGGACCAGAUACGACAGCUAGAGGUGGAGGGGCAGAAGCUUAGGACAUCUAACUUAGUGAAUCUGGGUGUUUCCUCAUUUAACGGCAUCGAGUCGUCAUCCGAUCCAGGACAGUACACCCCAGUUUCCCGACCCCCCAUCACACCGACCUCACCAGCUACACUCUCUGCCCUGAUUGAUAUUUCCAAUGAACAGAAAACCAUUGCAGAUCUUAGAACCCAGCUGGAUGCCCAGCGGAAGGAGACGGAGCGACUACAGCAGCAGUUGUCGGGGGAUUUUACCAGUAUUCAGCGGAGCUCUGGCAGCAUGCACAGUGGACUUCCCAGCAGUCCCUCCAAAACCGGCUUCUCCACCCUCCCCUCCACCGAGCUCUUCUCUGCCAGGAGGGCACAUUAUGACUACAGUGGACCUCCAUCUCAUCUAGAAAAAUCUCUCAAAGACUCCCAGGAACAAGUCACUGAUCUCAGAAGGAGGCUACAAGAGGUGUGUAUUGUCAUUUCUUUUGAAACCUCUUAUCUGAGCAACUGUUGGUCCAUGUAA